AUGAAACUGAAUGCAUUCGGAAAUAAAACAAAAGAAAAGUGCAGAAGUGAAAGUGGAGACAUGCAUGCUAUGCACAAUAUCAGUAUGAUGACUGACAGUCCGGUGAAAAUAGGAAUGGAGAUACAUGAAUGCAUGGCACAGUACCCCAUGGAAGAAAAUGCACUUUUAUGCUUGGUGAAUGCUGCUGCGGCACAAAAGAAAGAAGUGAAAAGUGCUACUUGUGCAUUUAAUUACAUGCAAUAA